AUGACUUCUGAUCUCACUCCUCCUAACGGCGGGGGCUUAUCCCUCUAUGCCAACCUCCUCAACCCCUCCGCCAACACUUCCACCCCCGGAACGAUCUCUCGCGCACCGGUCGUCUUCAAACAGGCCUCGGAAGGCGAUGCGCAGACAGAUGAAACAGCUGCUAAGAAGCAGCAACUGGGUGCUGCUUCUCUUCGGUUCCAGCCCACGAAAAGACCACAGCUAGCGGCUCAGAAGCCAAAGCCAAAACCCGCACUACCCAAGGCGACUCCGGCCUCUGCGACUGCACCGGUGGCUGCACCCAAGACCACACUUGCGGACUGGGCAGCCACAGAGGAAGAUGAUAUCAAUGGGUUCUAUGCUGGCGAGAAGAGACAGCGCGGUGGACGCAAGAAGCGCAAGAAGAACCGCGAAGCGCAGGCGAUGGUGCAGAACUGGGAUGAUAUCUACGACCCAUCACGGCCCAACAUCUACGAAGAAUACAAGCACAGCGACGAGCAGAUUGCCGAGAUUCGCGAGUGGAAAGAUCGAUUAUAUGCGCACCGGAUGGUACGAUCGCCGAGCAGAGAUUCUUACAGCGAUGAGGAUACAAGACCGAUGAAUAGACAAUUUGCUCCGCCGCGCAGCUUUGCGCCCCCUCCAAAUCUAAAUAAUAUGCCCCCUGCGCCCCCUGCUGAGGCCACGGAAGAUACAUUUGAUCAGUCGCCGCCACCGCCGCCGCCUGGAGAACCACCCGUUCCUGUUCCAGAUGAUCCUACUGGUGAGGAUGCUUACCUGAAGCGGCUGCAGAUGUCUGCUGGAAAUCAAGCUACACCGCAACCAGCACCCCCUCCUCUUCCUCGACCUCUUGAUACCUUACAGCCAGCAUCUGCCACUAUCUCCCGCGCACCAGUCCGAUACACAUUGCCACCUCCUCCAGAGGAUAUUCCAGCUACAGAAGCGGAGCUUGAAGAAGUCUUUGCUAAAGAGCAGCCUGCGGGGGAUGAACCAGAAGGAGAUGACCAGCGUUCACUUCGUCCGGGACAGAAAGGGUUUGCCGAAAGACUGCUCGCCAAGUAUGGUUGGACAAAAGGAUCGGGAUUGGGUGCCACCGGGUCUGGCAUUGUCAAACCAUUGCAGGUCAAAGUCGAGAAGCAAAAGAAGCGGCCAGACUCAGAAGGGGGUGGAUUUGUCACUCCUGCUGGCAGGGGUAAGAUUAUUGGUGGUACGAGGAAAACGGAGGAGGAAGAGGGCAAGUUUGGCCGGAUGAGCGAGGUCAUUGUUCUUAAAGGCAUGCUUGAUGGGAUGGAUCUGGAUGCUGAGCUCGAAGGAGACCAAGACGGUGGGCUGAUGCAAGAGAUUGGAGAGGAAUGCUCGGAGAAGUAUGGCCGCGUGGAACGUGUCUUCAUUUCGCGUGAUUCGGGCCAUCCAGUGCCGGUCUUUGUUAAAUUUACCAACCAGCUAUCCGCUCUACGAGCGGUAAACGCGCUCGAAGGUCGGGUCUUCAACGGCAACACCAUAACAGUCCGCUUCUAUGACACGCAGAAGUUUGAGCAGGGGGUAUACGACGAUUGA